AUGUAUCUUACCAGCAUUUUGUUAACAAUCUUAUUUUCCGUACACAGACAAAUCCACAAGCUAAUUCUGAUAUCGACAAUGUUUCCCUCUUCGAACAGUCAAUGGAUUCAAGCUUCAUUGAUGACGACAGCGAUUGUGUUCAAAUACUUACUUUUUAUUACCUUUUUUAAAACAGGAAAAUCGCAUUUGGUAAAAACCAUAAUAGCAUUCGCGAUAGAAAACAAAUAUGACGUCUUGGUCGCUACACCAACGGCACUACUCGCCGAUAGAUACAGACAAUGUUUUUCAACGAUCACUUGCAAAACAAUACAUUCUGCCUUUUUAAUACCAGUUGAAGAUUCACCAUGGGAAAUAAAUUGGCAUAUUAGUUGGUUCCAGCUUAUUGUAGUGGAUGAGAUUGGUCAAGUCAAUUCUCACAUAAUCAAGCAUAUAAUGAAAACCUUUGAUGCACUUCCAUCGAAUCCUAUUAUAAUUUUUCUGGGAGAUGCGCAUCAAAGUUUACCACUAAUUACGGUUCAAGGAAAAACAAACUUUGAUUCAAGCUUUUUCUCAAGUUUGAUGACUCGUUUAUUUAAAAAAUUUGAACUACAUACCUCACAUCGUAGCACAACUUUGUAUAAAGAGUUUCUGGACAAAAUCAGAAGUUUUAAUAUUACAUUUGACGAAAUAAAACGUAUUUUUGAGCAUACAAAAAUACCAAGUACCAACAAAGUCACCGGCGAAAGGAUUUUAGCCAUAAUUACAGAGAAUCCAAAUACCAUAUAUAUAGCAUCUUCCCACAAGACAAAAGAUUUCAUUAACAAAACUGUGAUGAAUUACCUUUUCCGCGACGAAGAACCCGACAUUGAGGCAAGUAUUUCAACCUACAGUAAUUUCACCAUUACUCCAACAACGAAUAUCAACUUUAUAUCCAAAUAAACAUUUACAUUUCUAUUCUGCUUUUCU